AUGAUAUCUACUUUAUCAUCAUCGAUAACAACUUCCACCCACAAAUUGGAAAAUCCAAUAGAUUCACAAAGAAAAAGACAUAAACAUACAAUGCAAUCCAUGUCAUCUAGUACUCAUCAUCCACAUUUUCAAUUGUCUAAAAACAAUGAAAAUGUCAACGAUGAACAACAACAACAUCAUCAAGCCGAAUAUAUAAGUACUGGAACUUCUUUACAUAACACCAAUAAUGGAACAUUUACUCCCAUUACUCAAACCCAUUCUCAUGAAUAUCUUAUGAUGAUGGGUGAAGAAUCCAAUAGCAAUAAGCUUGAUAUAGAAAUGAUUACUGAAGAUAAAUUUUUCCAACCACAACAGAAUAUUGAAAAACCUAAAUAUGAAGAAUGUCCUUGUGGUCAUUUACAUGGACCUGGCCAAGGAAAUCAUCAUGAUAUUCAUGCUGUUGGAUUAUCUGAUUUCCCUUUAUUAAGAGGUCCAGAUUAA